AUGGCUUCUCCAAUUAUCAUGUUGAUCAAGUUGUUGCUUGACCCUGAUGUAUCCAAAAAAGUAAUCUUACAAAUGGCAUGGUCCCAAGUUAAAGCAAUUGGAAUAGGUAAAGUGGUUGCCGCUUUAUUGAGUGCCUUAACAGUUGGUGUGUCUUCCUUCAUUCGUGUACCACAAAUCAGAAAAUUAUUAAUUAAUUCAGAACAAGACAGAAUUGCCGUUGCCAAAGGAUUAUCAUUGACAAGCUUAUCGUUGGAUACAUUAAACUCCUUAAUUCAUGUGACUUUCAACUCGCAAAAUAGAAUCCCGUUUAUUCAGUAUGGUGAGAGCUUAUUAUUAGGCAUUCAAAAUGCCAUUAUUAUAUUAUUGAUUAAAUUCUACCGUGGACAAGAAACUCAAGGCGUUGGCAAAUGGCAGGGAUUAAGUUGUGAGGAUAAAUUUGCAACUAUAAGAGGAGCAAUUACUAAGCCUUUGGUUAUCAUGGUUGCGUCUGCCAUCUUUUUCAAUAAAUUGGCCCCUUCAAGCUUGAUCUCAAUGUUGGAAAUUUUAAAUAUUCCCAUCAGUAUAGUUGCUAAGUUUCCCCAAAUUAAGACCAACUACGAAUUGAAGACUGCCAAACAUUUGAGUGACACUGUCUUGAGAGCUAACGUUGUUGGCUCAUUAAUCAGGGUGUACACCUCAUUUACCGACUAUUCUACAAAAAAACAAAGACACAAAAACACGGUGGAUGAAACUAUCUUGUUAGCGGGCUAUUCUACUUCUUUGAUAUUAAAUUCUAUUUUAUUGGGUCAAUCUAUAGUGUACGAUAAAAUGGGAGAAAAGAAAGUAGAGGAUGAAAAGAAGAACGAGUAG